CCGCCUCCCGCGCAGGCGCUCCGGGGUGAGGCUGUGCGGCGGCGGCCAUGGCGCUCAACAGGAACCACUCCGAGGGCGGCGGCGUCAUCGUUAACAACAGCGAGAAUGUUUUGAUGACUUACGAUCACAUUGAACUUACCUUCAGUGACCUGGAACCCAUGCCUGAUGCCUUCAAAGGGACAAAGAAAGGGAGUGUUUUCUUGACUCCCUACCGAGUUAUCUUUGUAUCGAAGGGAAAGGAUGCUAUGCAGUCUUUUGUGAUGCCCUUUUAUUUGUUGAAAGAUUGUGAGAUUAAGCAGCCUGUCUUUGGAGCAAAUUACAUCAAGGGCACGGUGAAAGCAGAGGCAGGAGGUGGCUGGGAAGGAUCUGCCACGUUCAAGAUCACCUUCUCAGCUGGGGGUGCUAUCGAGUUCGGGCAGCGGAUGCUGCAGGUGGCCUCACAAGUCUCCAGAGGUGAAAUACCCAACGGAGCUUAUGGCUAUUCCUAUAUGCCCAAUGGAUCCUACGCUUUCGCACCGGCUGCAGCAAAUGGGGGAUACCCCUACCCUCCUCCUCCUCCUUCUGAGUUUUAUCCUGGUCCUCCUGUGCCAGAUGGGGACAUGGGUUAUAUGCAGCUCCCACCCCCACCCUACCCAGGGCCUAUGGAACCCCCUGUCAGUGCUCCAGACCUGCCCACUACUCCUGCAGCUGAAGCAAAGGCCGCAGAAGCCGCUGCCAGCGCUUACUACAGCCCCGUUAACCCACACAACGUCUACAUGCCCUCGGACCAGCCACCCCCUCCUCCAUACUUCCCACCAGAGGACAAGAAAAACCAAUAAGCUAACCCAGAACUCCUCCACAACUCAUUGCUUUCUUACUUCCCAUUUUGGCAGAUUCUUGGGGCAUGGUCCAUAGCACUGAGGAGUAGAGCCUUCCCUGAGGCACGUAGCUUUCAUGGACUCUAGUGGUAGAUCUGUGCAGAGCAAGGGGAGAGAUUUUUUAGCCUGGGUUACCUGGGAAAGCUCAGAGGGCUUGCUGUCCCUCCUCUCUGUGCAGCAUCGCUAGAACUGGAGGUUCUUUUCAUCUGGCAUUGUUUCCCUUACAUCUCCUGAUACUUAAAUUAUAGCUCUUUAGAGUAAGCAACUGCUCCAAAUGGAUCAUUAAUAUGGAGUGUCUUGAAUUUACCUUAGAGUGCAGCCAAGAGCAUCUCUGGACACAGGGGUGUCUCUGGGUAUUCCUCUCAACUCAUAUUGUCACAUCCAACAUUCUGCUACUGACAAAGGGCUUCAAAGGGAACCUUUGGGAUCUCAGAGAAAAUAGAUAUCUACUACAUCUUUUCAUUCAUCUAUUAAACUGACAUCAUUCCUGACAAUCAUAGCAAACAAUCUGGUAGCCCUCCAAGUUUUCCUGCUGUGCACUGUGUAGGGUGAUGCUGAUGAGUUUCCUUCCUUAAGAAAGCAUAUGACUCUACAGGGUUGAUGAGUGGCAUCUAACUAGUUCUAGAUCAUAUGGGAACACUAACUUCUCUUGUCUUUUUUCCAGUUAGGUAUGUGGGCUUGAGAUUACCAAGUCCUGAAUAUUCUCCUUAUAGUCUGUAAUGCACUUUUUUUGCUCAGCUGUAACUUGAGUUACACUUUUUGGCCAGUGAAUUCUCUUAUUGCUGUGAUUUAAUUGGUGAAUUAAUAGCAAACAGGGAGGAAAUGUUGCUUUACUGGUGCCCUGGAAGCACUUGAGAGUGUGAAACGUUGGUGUAAGCUGGUAGGUGCAACUGAGCUGUUGGUUUCAAUGUUGUUUAAUGCUGUUGGUGUUCCUGGAUCAGCUGUGAAUUUAUUUCCCAGUCACUUGAAGGUGGAGGCACCUUGGUCUGAGGGUUCAAGCAUUUUCCUUCCAUAGCACCAUUCCCUCACUCUCAUUCCCAACGACUCCAGUGAGCAGAACCUCUGCAGGACUGUUCAGAAUCCAGGUGGGAAAACUUGGCAUUGUACAAAGCUUUGCACAAAUCAGACUUCACUGGCUUCUGACAGCUGUGAGAGAGAAAAUCCUUCCCAGCAAGUGUGAAAGCAGAUCGUGUGCUAGGAAGCUGCCGAGCCUUGCUGCAUGCAGCCUGCUUGGGGAGGGAAAAAUCCACCUCCUGUUUCCUUUUUGUUCAAGUCCAGCUGAUUAAUCAACUUGCUACUAUCUGUGCACUGACUUUUCUAGACUUGCCACUGCAGUGAUGUAAAGAAAUGGGUAUUUAAAAGAAUAUAGAUCUAUUUAUUUUGAAAAUGUUUGAUUAAUAUAUGAAUGUGAAAUGACUUUUGAGUGCAGGUUUGUUUUGCCAAGACUGUGAAGUAAAGAGAAAUCAGCUCAAAA